AAAAUGCCGAAAGUAGAAGAACUUUCGCUGUAAGCCAUUUGAAGCAAGUGAAAUUUGUGAAUAUUUCAAAUCAUUGCGCUUUGAACAGCGAAACGGUUUAAGCGUUCAUUUCGGGUGCUCAAAAAUACUUGCAUUAUUGAAGAAGAAGUAUAUAAAUUGAAUAAAGUUACCAGAGUUUUUAAAGACGAUUUCAAAUAAAACUAGGAAACUAUAUAAAAAAUUUUAGAAAAUAUUUUUUCCUAGAAAAAUUAUAGCAAGAAAUAGUUGAAAAAAUAUAAUUAUACAGAAUAAAAUCGUAUUUAUAAUAAGCUUACGUAAUAUAAUACGAAAUGAGCUCCCGUUUCAUAACCGAGGGUGGCACACCAAUUACACCAGAACUGGCAACGGACCUACGCCAAUUAGUGUUCGGCACCUCAUCAAUUCCCAUGCGUGCUGAAUGGACGCAAACACCCUUCACUUUCGGUGCACCUAAAGAGGAGCUCUCUUAUGGACUACGUUCACCGCGUAAUGCUACACGCGGCCUACUUUCCGUGGUGCAGGGUUUCAUUUUGAAGUAUUUGCUCUUCGGACGACGUGGACGGAAUAAUCAGGACCCUUUACUUUGCACACAAGAGAUGCAAACGAAUGCGUUGAUAAAUGCUUUGGUUGAAAUUUUGCGCAUCAUAUCCGAUAAGGGUAAGGUGAUAAUGGUACUGCCAUCGCCGGAUGAUGAGGUUUUCGUGGAGCAUAGUGUGACGUUCUUUCAUGAUUCGAUCACUGAGAAGUUAUAUGUUUUCACAUUAUCACCGCAUGAUGAGCUGGAGUUCUUUAUAAAACGUCAUUUGAAGCUGUUCACUGAAGAGGACUCACCUGGCACAUUACUCUUUCUAUAUAGCGCCGUUCUGACACGUUCGAUGACAAAAAUUCGCAAUGAUCUUGACUCAAACAGCAAGGCUGUCCCACUGACAAUGACUAACAAUGAAGAGGGUUCCUUGAUGAUUGUGACUCUGCUUUUGACAGGUCGUGCUACGCCUUAUUUACAUAAUGGUGUUGUGAAUGUUGGCGAUGAGAAUACUUAUGCCAUUCCGCAGUAUGGAAUACUAAGCCGCUGCACCAUCGGACUUUUGCUUUGGGAUAAUGAUAAUACACAGCCCUCUGUGGCUGCUACCCGUCAACCCGGUUCACGGCUCAAAACACCCAACUUUCCAAUUUGGAUAACCAGCUGCUGUGGCCACUAUGGUGUGGCGUUCAAUCGAAAUCCGGAACUUUUACGAAAUUAUCACGCCGAGUCGCGGUUCGAUUUGAAUUAUUACAGUUGCUCUGGCCACAAUGUUUUCAUGACUAUCGACAAUCGUGUGUACAACGAACAGGCGACUGGCAUGUUGGAGCGCCAGGCGACCACCGAGGGUGGCACUGCAACAAUGACAGCAGGUAGCGGACGCAGAGAUGACGAAGCUGGUGGUGGUGACAAUGCAGAUUUGCUGGUACGCGAGGAAUUGACAAUGAACACACCGUUGCAACGCUUAAUACACACCAAGUGGGAGGAGGCGCACAUACGCUUCAAUGUGCAACCAUCCAUGCUGAGUUAUCUGUUUUGCACAACACCAUAAAGCGGGUGCGCACAUGCUUGUACCCAUGCCCAUGACCAAGCAAAAGCUACCGUUCACGCAUUUACACAUAUGUCAGCUGCUGCUGUGGGGAGCACGAAUGUAACAGUUAUUAUGGUAUGUCGAUUUCAUAAAUCGUUUGGAAUGCAGUGAAGUGCGUGUGCCUUGCAGUGCAUUAUUUAUUUCACUUUUUUCCACUUGCAACCGGCAAAAUGCAUUUUCGCACCGCAAAAUCAAUAAAUACAAAAAUCCUUCUGCUGUUGAUGGCUUUAAAAUAGGCAAAUAAAAUAUAUUUCGAUGCAAAAUAAGUGCGCUUGAAGCUUUGAAGAAUUGCUUGUAUAUAAAUAAAUAUUUGUCGUUGACUAGCUAAGGGUCUGAAUUUUUACUGGUGACAUAUUACUGGAGGAUUAUUAUAUUCUCGCAACAAAAGUUGCUAAGAUAGUAUUAUAGUUUUGUUCACAUAGCGGCUGAUUGUAAGUCCGGAUGUCUGUCUGUCGGUCCGUGCAACGGAUAACUUAAGUAAAAAUUAAGAUAUCUUGACGAAAUUUGGUAGACAUGUUCUUUGGAACCGUAGGAGGAUUGCUAUUGAAAAUCGGAUCAUAACCCCGCCCACAAAAUGGCGAAACCCGAAAACAUAUA